AUGGCACGCUCCCACUACAACCCCAAGUCCUCGACCCGCGACUCCUUCUUCCGCCUGCCUCGCAGUAUGUCGGCGCAAAUACAACGAUUCCGGGACGGGAACUUGGUGGAUAGACUGUUCAGGAAGCCAAUCUUCAAGUCGGCAUCAGCAUCUGGCCCCUGGGAAUCGCCUUUCUCCAUGUCGACGGUACGGUCUUGCGCGUCGUGGGCCCGGCGGCAGUGGCACCCGCGGACUCUGCUGAAGCUGCCGCAUCUGUUCGUGCUGGUUUGGGUGCUGGCUCUGCUCUGGGGGGAGAGGUGGGUGUUCCAGAGUAGCGUGGAGAGCUGUAAAUGGGAGGCUUGGGAGAGAUGGCCCAAAGAAGCUACACCUCAUCACUUAGUCUUCAUCGCAGAUCCGCAGCUUGUAGAUGCGCAUACCUAUCCUGGGAGACAGUGGCCACGGGACAAGCUCACAAUCAUGCACACGGACAACUACAUUAAGCGCGCCUACAUUUCUUUGCAAAAAUUCCUGCACCCGGACACAGUCUUCUUCCUGGGGGACUUGUUUGAUGGCGGACGGGAGUGGAAGACGGCAAAGGGCAAUACGGACGAUCCAAAUUGGAUGAAUGGACUGCGCCCGGCGUACGAGCAGAGCUUUGUGGAGAUGUGGAGGCAGAAGUAUGGCGAGAAUUACUGGCUGCAAGAAUACGACCGCUUUGGGAGGAUCUUCUACGAUUUCUGGAAUUUGAAGGGGGCGAAAGCAGGUCCAUGGCAGAGAGGGAGGAAGAUUAUAUCGACGCUACCCGGAAAUCACGAUUUGGGAUUUGGAGAUAAUAUCAAGCUGCCGAUACGGAACCGGUUCGAGACGUACUUUGGACAGGGCAAUAGGGUGGAUGUUGUUGGGAACCAUACCUUUGUCUCGGUGGACUCGGUGUCGUUGAGUGCUGGGGCCUCGGAGCAUGAUGUGAAGGAGAUCACCGAGCCCGUGGAAGAAUUUCUGGAGAAUGUGAAGUCUCUGAAGAGGAAAGCCGUCGCCCGUGAGCUCAGCAUUAUUGGGGGAGAGGAGAAGGUGUUGCAAUACCCACACACGGUCGAGGAAGUCUCACAGGUCGAUUGGAGCAAUCUUUCAACGCUUGAUCCGGGGCCAGACUCACCAGAACUUCCCACAAUUCUUCUCACGCAUGUUCCCCUUUACCGAGACCCAGGAACGCCCUGUGGCCCAAAAAGAGAACAUUGGCCCCCGGAGAAACCGCCCAAGGGUCAACUUACACCUGUCAACCCCGACCUUAGGAACGCCCUCUCCAUAACCAAGGGCUACCAGUAUCAAAAUGUCCUGAGCGAAAGUGACUCGGUUAAGCUCAUCGACAAAAUUGGAAACGUAGUCCAUGUCUUCUCAGGUGACGAUCAUGACUACUGCGAGGUCGUCCACUCGCCCGCUAAGAACAACGCUCGUGAAAUCACCGUGAAGAGUGCCAGCUGGGCUAUGGGUGUCCGAAAACCAGGCUUCCUCAUGCUCAGCAUGUGGAACCCUAUCGAUGCUUUCGGAGUACCCCUUCACUCAUCCCACUCCGGUCACGGAUCAACCUCCCAAGGCGCCGUAACCAUGGAAAGCCAUCUCUGCCUUCUUCCCGACCAAAUAGGUAUUUUCAUCCGCUAUGCCAUACUCGUUGCCUGCACAAUAACCAUCCUCAUCACCCGUGCUAUCCUCACACCUGUCCUCCAUCUCACGCCAUUUGCCCCGUGGAUUGCAAACAUACCAGGAGAAGGCGAUACCCCCCUCCUACCCGCCACCAAUCAAGACCUCAAGCGCGAAGAAUUCGAAGACGGCCUCUCUACCGCCGCCAGCCAAUCCCCCCACUCGUCAACCUCCUCAACCUCAUCUACUCAAUCUAAUCCCACCCUCGCCCCUCGUUCGUCUGCAGCACGUACCCGCCCCGUCUCCCCUGUGAACGGCUACGGCUUACCCCCCUCUCAAACCCGCUAUCCCACUGGCCCACUGAUAAACCAAGCGGGGAACUAUGGGAGCGGGAAAGGGAGUAGCAAAUGGGGAGAUGAUUUUGGAAAGCCCAGAACGAGAAAGAUAACGAUUCCGAAGGAGAGGAAACCUCUUACGCCUCUGGGUAUCUUUUGGAGGGAGACGUGGACGAGCAUUUGGAGGGUCACUUGGUGUGUGGUUCUGGUGUAUUCGUAUUUGGCGUGGUACGGAUAG